GCGCCCAGCUUUCCGGAGCAUCCCGGGGAGCGCUCGGAGACGGCUGGAGCACCGGGACCCGCAUUCAGGCGGGCGGGGGGCACCCUCCUCCCUUCCCAUCUCUCCUUCUCUCCCUCCCUGCCGCCGCCCCUGGCUUUGCCGCGGUGCCGGGGAGCGGCGGCUCCGCGUUCCGCCCGUGGGAACUUUGGGCAGAGAGGGAUGGAGCCCCUCAACCGGUCCCGAGCCGGGGCAGAGCCGCCCCGAGGGGAGUUCAACCUCUCCGGGCUUCCAGAGACAGAGGGGAAGCCCUUUUUCGGCAUCGGUAUCGAGAACUUCAUCACCCUGGUGGUCUUCGGCUUGAUCUUCACCCUGGGGGUGCUGGGCAACUCGCUGGUGAUCACGGUGCUGGCGAGGAGCAAGCCAGGCAAGCGCCGCAGCACCACCAACAUCUUCAUCCUCAACCUGAGCAUCGCUGACCUGGCAUACCUGCUCUUCUGCAUCCCUUUCCAAUCCACGGUCUACGUGCUCCCCACCUGGGUGCUGGGUGCCUUCAUCUGCAAGUUCAUCCACUACUUCUUCACUGUCUCCAUGCUAGUGAGCAUAUUCACGCUCUCGGCCAUGUCGGUGGACCGCUACGUGGCCAUCGUACAUUCCCGACGUUCUUCAGCCUUGCGUGUUUCCCGCAAUGCGCUGCUGGGCGUGGGGCUCAUCUGGGCGCUCUCCUUCGCCAUGGCCUCACCUGUGGCUCACCACCAGCGCCUCUUCCACCGCGACGCCAGCAACCAGACCUUUUGCUGGGAGCACUGGCCCAACCCACGACACAAGAAGGUCUAUGUGGUUUGCAUGUUCGUCUUUGGCUAUCUACUCCCGCUGCUGCUCAUCUCCUUCUGCUAUGCUAAGGUUCUUAAUCAUCUGCAUAAAAAGUUGAGAAACAUGUCAAAGAAGUCAGAAGCAUCCAAGAAAAAGACAGCACAGACUGUGUUGGUGGUGGUAGUGGUUUUUGGCAUCUCCUGGUUGCCACAUCACGUGAUUCAUCUCUGGGCUGAAUUUGGAGUUUUCCCGCUGACUCAAGCCUCCUUUCUCUUCAGAGUAACUGCACACUGCCUGGCUUACAGCAAUUCUUCUGUGAACCCAAUUAUAUAUGCAUUUCUCUCUGAAAAUUUUAGGAAAGCCUACAAACAAGUCUUCAAAUGUGAGAUAGGUAAUGAGUCACCUCUGAAUGAUGGUAAGGAAAAUAAAAGUCGGAUAGAUACACCACCAUCUACCAACUGUACACAUGUGUGAACUUUGAAAAGACCUGUGUGUUGGCUCUUCAUUUGUGUGAACUGAACACCUAGAAGACAAAGCACAAUGAGCUUUUUUCUGGCUUUAUCUUGAUAAAGCUAAUUGGUAUUUAAUGUACUGAAGUUGUGUUUGUAGCAAAAGUUUGUGAAACUGGUAGGAAAGAAAACUGGGCAGAUCCUUUGCAUCUUAGAAAGAUGCACCUUCACUUGAAGCUCUUAGACCUUUAAAAGAUACUUGAGAAAAAAUUAUUAGAGAUUGUAUGUCUGUAUUCUUACUAAGCAUACAAUGUGUAAAUAUUCAAAUAAGCACAAAGAAAAUGUUGAUGUGGACAAGUAACUUUUUGACAUCCUAUUCCAUCAAAUUGAAGAGAUGGCUAAUUUUUCUGCCUUACAGAUAAGAAACACUGUAAUACUAAGAUUUCAGAGAGGAAAAGUUCUGUUCUCUUCAGAUUGUUUUGACAAUGUCUUUUUGUCUGUUUAAAGUAAAGAUAGGUUCUGAUUCAGAAUUGAACAACUUGAGGCAGUCGCUUUAGAGAAGAAAUGCUAAUUUUAUCUGUUUAGCUGUCUUUUUAAUGUAAUAUACUGAGUAAUGAUGGACUUCUUUACAUUUCAUAUGCCUGCCUUACUGUAUACACAGAAUUUUUGUGUACACUAUAUAAGGUUUUGUUUAUGGCCUGUAUGUAGUUGUACCAGAAUGACAAUUUGUGUCUAUAAGAGGGAAUCUUUUCUUCAUGUUUUGUAUGUGUGUGUAUGCGUGUGUUUUGUUAAUUUUAUAGAUUUUGAGAUGGAUAUGCAAUUUUAAAUGUGCAAUACGUACAUAUGUUUUGUGUUCCCUAAAGCAACUCUGGGAAAUGCUUAAGCAUUUCAAAAUAGCAUUCCCUUAGAAGUUGCAGGAGGGUCUUGAUAUUGCAUAGCUCUAAUUUGGAAAAUAUUUAGAAAGAUGAGUUUAAAUCGAUACAAAGUGUAUAAGGUAAAUGGUCCAGUUCUGCAAGUUCUUUAAUAAGAUGAGUGGUCUCAAUGAUUUUAUAAAAGUACUUAAUAUGUCUUUAAGUGGUAAACUACUAAUGAAAAAACGGAAGGACACUCAGUCCUUCGAGAACAUUAUUGUUAGCUGGAGUAAGACAAGCUUUUACCUUUAUUAUUAAUGCCCCAUAGACUCAUAGAAUAAAUUAAGCUGAAGGAGCCUCCCGACAUCCUCUCAAAGCAGGGCUGCCUUCAGAGUGGUAUCGCUUCCUUGUCCAAGCAAAUAUUGUAAAUUUCUAAGGAUGGUGAUUUAACAAUUUUUGAGGGGUGACCUGUAUCAGUGCAUGAUCACCCUCACUAAAAUAUUUUUUCUAAUCCCCACUUGGGAUUUCCUUGAUGUAGCUAUAUAAUUAAGUCUUCUGUCUAACUAACUAAUGUGUAAUUUAAGAUGGCAAUUAAAUUUCCCUCCACCUUCUUUGCUGAAACAGUGUGUCGCAUUCAGUCUCUCCUCAUCUGUUGUGCUGCUCUCUGGCUGGAUUAGUGGCCUUCCACAGCCUUCCUCCAGUGUAUCCAUCCCCCUCAUGAACUGAGGUGUUCAAAACUGAGCAGCGUGUUCCAGAUGUGGCCCUCAUGAGCACUGAGCAGAUUAAUUGCUUGACCUAUUUGCUGAUUCUUGCUAACGCAGCCCAGGGCUACAGUAAUUUAUUGCUGCAAGGGUACGCUGCUGACUCAUAUUUAAUUUCUGCUUUUCAAGCACUCUUUUCCUUUUCUGCAGAAUUGCACCAAAUUCCCAGUCAGUGUUUCAGGACUUUGCUUUUGGUUUUGUUGAUAGCUGUUGCUUCCAUUCUUCUGGCUUAUCAAGAGCCCCCUGAAAGGUAACCCUGCUCUUCAGCACACCCAUCACUCCCCUGCAUUUGGUAUCAAGUGCUGAGAGAGUCCUGCAGUUUUGUCAUGGUCUAAGAUGCUAAACAGUGUUGGCCAGAUACUCUGUCAGAUUCCUUUUCUCCAGAAACUUGCUUUAAGAAAAAUAUCUGAGAGUGAUGGAACCACAUUGACUAUGGAAGGUUCACAUGAAAAUGUCUAUGUUUAUGAGUCAGUAUUGUCAACUUGAAAUCAGUAAAAUAAUAUUGAAGACAUGCUACUGCACGCACGGUGUUUGUGUCCAUUCUUUCAUAUGGAGAGACAGUUCGAUGAUAUUGCUAGGAACACAUAAUUUAAUGUAUCGAAGGGCUUAUCUCUGCAGGAAACCAGGAGGCUAUGAAUGUGAAAACAGUGUUAACAUAUGCUGUGGACUGAGUUGAACUGCUGAACAGCUGGGCAGUCCGGAAGGAAGGAAGUUGUUGUGAUACAAAAAUGGAUAAUUUAGUCAGAAGUUCAGGUAAUGGGCACGAUGAUCCCUUAAAACUGAAAGUCUGCUUUCAAGUUCCGCACUUGUUGGCAGGGAUUGUUGUUUCUGGUGGAGGGCAAAACAAAAAUCGCACAUAUUUUUAACCAGAAAGAUUGAUUUCAGAGUACAGUGAGAUUAAAAAAGAAUAUUCUCUGGCCAGGGCUGAAUUUUCCACUCAUAGAAAGAUAAACAAUCCCACUGAAUCCUACUUUGUUGUGUAAAUACGAAAAUAUUCUAUACAAAACAAGUAAUGGGAAUGAUUACUCAAAUUCCUCUUGAAUUAAAGCAAGGAAUAUGUGGUUAAUUAAGCAAAUACUUAAAUUUCUCUUAAAUUAUAUUUCUCAUGAAUUGAGAGAAUUGGAGUACCCCAACAGAAACUGCUACUCAUAUUUUUUUAAUAAAUCCUCUAACAUUUUGUUCUAUGUAUACUGUCAAAAUGCUACCUCUUUGUGCUGCUUCAUGAGUGCCUCCUGAAUUUUAUAACAUACAAUCCACUUUCAACAUUGAUGUCAACAUUGAUGACAGAAGUAGUUUGCCCCAUCAUAUCAAGUAGCAGGAGUUGUUUAGUCCAUCUUAAAUCUGUAUUUUAGUGGAAAAAUACAGAAGUCUUUCUUUGUCACAGUUUUCUCUGCAGAGUGGAUGAAAGACCACUGUGGAGGCAUAGCAUCUCUGCAGCACCUCAUGCUAAUGUGAGAACUCUGAAAACCAGCUCAGUUUUGCCCAUUUUUUGAGGUUGUAUUAAGACAUUGCAGCAGGUUUACAGUCAAUUUUGCAUUUUAUAUUUUGGAUUUUCUGUAUUUUAGCUUUUGCCUUAAAAUGAUGCAGAAAUCUCAUUAGAACACUGCAACAAUGAAAGGUUGAAAUUGUAAAAACUCAGGUUUAACGAGAUCAAGAAAUUAUUCAAUCAAGGGUUUUUAUGCAAUCUUAUCCUGCCUGUUUGUGGGCAGGUGUUUGAGGUGUGAUACAAAAUACUACAGCACUGCUCUUCAGCUAAUAAAUACUGAAACACAUUUUGCAUCCUCCGAGAUGUGUGUGAAUCCAGAUGAACUACUGCAGAUAAAUCAGAUUUAGGAUCCACUUCAAGAAUGGAGAAUAAUAUAAUUAAAUGGCACUUAAAUAACAUACUGUUCAUCAUGUGCAAAUGCACUGAAAAAUGAUGGGACUUGCUCACCUAUGUGUUCAACUCUAAAUU